AUGCGUCUGCCGUCCGCUUGUCGACCAGCAGUAGGGGUCGUUAGGCCCCAAAAGGGCACGUGUCGUGGGCCAAGCCCUCGCGGCGGACUUGCCGCGUUGGGCGCCUUGAAGUUCAAUUUCCAUCGAGCGGCGGGUAGAAUCCUUUGCAGACGACUUAAAUACGCGACGGGAUAUUGUAAGCGGCAGAGUAGCCUUGCUGCCACGAUCCUCCACCACUGGAUAAGAAAAAUAGGUUAUGUUGUGUGGAUAAUCUACGAUGUAACGGAACUAUUCCGUCAACAGGACUUUAAUCGUUCCCAGCAUGUACAUAUUUAA